GUUGUUUUCGUUGAGCAGAAUAAGUAGACCAGUCGACAUCUUUGAAAUCGAUCGCAUUCCAGUACGUUAUGACUGUAUUUUGAGCUAAAAUAGUUUAGCCCGGGCAUUUGUUUUGAGAAAGUUGACUGCACAAGGGACCAGUGCUUUAUAUCUGGAUUUAUCCUGUCUUGAGUGGAGCCUGUUUUUGUCUUUUUUCCAAGAUGAGCAGUCAGUACCAGCGCUCAGUAUCACUAGAGGUGAGGAGAGCAGAGGGAGAGAGAGUUCGGGCCAAGCAUCCUGACAAGAUACCAAUCAUUGUGGAGAGGGCCCCGAGGUCACGAGCUCCUGACUUGGACAAGAAGAAAUACCUCGUGCCCUCAGAUUUAACAGUGGGCCAGUUGUGCUUCCUGAUCCGUCAGCGUGUAUCUUUGAGACCAGAGGAGGCACUCUUCUUCUUUGUCAACAACUCCCUUCCCCCAUCCAGCUCCCCCCUCUCUGCUGUAUAUGAGGAGCACCAUGAAGAAGACCUGUUUCUCUACAUGACCUACAGUAAUGAGAGCGUGUAUGGUGCCUGAGUGAGGACAAAAGACUGGAGAAAGAGAAAGCGAGAGAAUGAGAGGAGACAAAGUGAGAGUGUCUGAGGAAUAAAGAGUUAAGGCUGUUUAUGUUUCACACCACUAUUAUUCUCUAUGGUAUUAGUUUUGAUAAGUAACUACAGUACAUGGUGGAAGAAAGGCUUCGCACAAGGCAGAGGGAUUGAUUGCCGGUAGGGUUUCACCUUUGUCAGUAUUUCUGGGAUUUAGCAUAAUGCAUUUUGUUACACUUCAAGUUAUGUUGAUUCCUUGCGUGGUGAAAGAAGAAAGAGGAAGGUUGAAAAGAGAGAAAGAAAGAAAGAAAGAAACACAUAUAAAAGGAAGUUAUUGAAAUUAUGUUGAGAGAGCUCUCCUUAUCUUUCUCAGUCAUCUGUAUUUAAUGCAAAUAGUAUUUUUUUCUUUUGUAAAUUAAUAUCAAACUUUUGUGGAAAAUAAAAAUGAAAAUACAAAA